AUGUCUACAGGUGAGAAGCCAGAGUGGGCAAGUGCAGGCCCAGUCCCCGUGACCUACAUCCGGCGACCCUCGCGCGGGAAGCUGCUAAUUUCCACCAUCGCGGCCCGGAGCCUACGUCACGGCGGGGGCGGGGAGGCGCUAGUCGGCCCGCCGGCUGCCCGCUCCAACCAGUCCGCCGCCCAACUGCGCUCGGGAAGCACGCGUCCACGGCCGUGGCGACACAACAACGCCGCCCGCUCACCCCAUACAAAACACUGUGAUAGCGGACUCAGGCGGGCGGAGGUCCGGGCGGGGCGUUCCGCUGACACAGUGGCUCAGUCAGCCGCCGGUCGUCAGGCAGCGAGCACCAUCUUCUCCGUACGGCCGCACGCGAGAGAAAGCAACAUGCAUAUUGAGGUCCAGGUCGCCCUCAACUUCGUGAUAUCGUAUCUGUACAACAAGCUGCCGAGGCGGCGCGUGAACAUCUUCGGCGAGGAGCUGGAGAAGGCGCUGAAGGACAAGUUCCGGGGCCACUGGUACCCGGACCGGCCCUGCAGGGGUUCCGCCUUCCGCUGUCUGAAGACUGGAGGUCCCUUGGACCCUGUACUCGAGCGGGCCGCCCGCGAGUCCGGGGUGCCAGUGCGCGAUGUCCUAGAACACCUUCCGAGGGACCUGGCUGUUUGGGUUGAUCCUGGUGAAGUUUCCUACCGUAUUGGCGAGAAAGGCGCUGUGAAAGUUCUGUUCAGCAGCGACGAACGGGCUGCUGACGAAAGGACGGACAGGGAGGUGACGCGCGCCUUCAACCCGGAGGCGCAGUGCUUCAGGCCGGUGGAGCCCGCGGCGCCGUCGCCCCCCGCGCCCGCCGCCUUCUCGCCCGCGCCGCCGUUCCGCGCGCAGCCGCUCACCUUCACCACGGCCACCUUCGCGCAGACCAAGUUCGGCAGCACCAAGCUGAAGACGAGCAGCAAGCGGGCGAACCGCAUGUCGCCCACCGAGUUCAGCAACUACAUAAAGCAGAGGGCGGUGCAGCAGCAGCUAGCCGCGCGCGCCCUCUCGCCGGGCGCCGACGCGGGCGCGUACUUCGGCGCCAGGCGGGACGCGCCCGCCCACCUGCUGCUGGCCAAC